UUAUGUUAUUACAAUAAAAGUUUCUGUUAUUUCUGCUUUAGAUACAUUUUCAUAAAUACUGUAAUUUUAGUUGUAAUUAUUUAAAUUAAUCUUUUAUUCAUUAAUAUUUUACUUUUCUUUUUUUUCAAUUAUGUCACUUAUUAACCAUUGUGGAUAUCAAGCUGAUAAUAUUAAUGGUAUUCCUGAUUUGACAAAUGAUGAAGUGUCAACUGGUACAACUAUUAUUGCAGCUACAUAUAAUGGGGGUGUUGUCAUUGGUGCUGAUUCUCGUACAACAACUGGAGCCUACAUUGCUAAUCGAGUAACAGACAAGCUUACUAAGGUGUCUGAUAAUAUUUACUGUUGUCGAUCUGGAUCAGCCGCUGACACACAAGCGAUUACAGAUAUAGUAUCAUACUAUAUGGAUUUAUCAAGUAUUCAAAUGGGGGAACCACCCCUUGUAAAGGCUGCAGCAAAUGUGUUCAGAAGUCUUAUUUAUGAAAAUAGACAUCAGUUGACAGCUGGUAUUAUUGUUGCUGGUUGGGAUAAAAAAUUUGGUGGCCAAGUAUAUACUGUAACUGUCAGUGGAAUGAUAAUCCAGCAAAAUAUUUCCAUUGGUGGAUCUGGUAGUACUUAUCUUUAUGGAUUUAUGGAUUCACAAUAUAGAGACGGAAUGACUAGAGAAGAAUGUGAAAACUUAGUUCUUAAUGCAAUUUCCUUGGCUAUCAAACGAGAUGGGUCAAGUGGAGGAGUAGUUCGUUUGGGAACAUUAGACCAUACUGGUGUUAUUCAAAGAAAAUUAGUACUAGGCAAUGAAUUGCCAAAAUUCUAUGAUAAUGUUUUAAAAAAACCUAAUAACCAAGAUGCUCCUAUGGCUUAAUUUUAUAUGAAUUGUUAAAUUUAAACUGAUACUCUGGUAAUAGAUAUUAUUAUAUCUGUUUUAUUAUGAAUUUGAUGGUCAUUAAAAUAAAUAAUAUUUGCGUAAUAA